AUGGAGCGGAAAGCGUUACGCUUCCUGCUGGGCCAGCUAGUACGCUCAGCUGAUCGGGUGAUGCGUGGAGAUAGAGCUGCUAUAAGGGAAGCUGUGUCUCUUGUUGGUUCCGUGAACGAAAAUAUGGUUGGUGAACUUCCUCCAGUCGACUUAUGCGCAGCUCAAAUAUCCCCUGUUCUGUAUGGGCUUUUGUAUGAAUGUCCCAACCUGCACUGCUCUGUUUUCGGGUUCAGUCGUUCUGGCGAAAAGAUUCCACUACACGAUCACCCCACUAUGCACGGAUUCAUCACCGUCUUGAGAGGAUCACUGAUGGUCAGGCUUUACAAUAUAUGGCUUUGUGUACAUUUCGAGAAGUUCAAUUCCAUACAGGUGAAGUCGUUCUCUUUUCUCGAUGCCACCGGAAAACACUGGUCUGGUCAAACCAAGCCGUUUCUCCAAAUUCCUCCUUCAGGAAACAUUCAUGAAAUUACCGCAUUGGAGGAUGGGUCUUUCUUUUUCGAUAUCUUGGUACCAGGAUAUGGAGACUCAAUUCCUUGCAAUUAUUUUGAGGCGCCCGAGGUAUGUCUUAUCGCCUUCCACCUUCCUCUUAUAAACUACAAGAUUUCCUUCCAGAGUCUGCCUUUGGUCGGUCGAGAAUGCUCCCUAAAAGAAAUUCCAUGCCCCUCCAGUUACUUUUGUUACACCGUCCCUUUGGAAAGGGUGGAGCUUUAA